AUGGUGCCGACCCAAACUGACAGAACCAAGGGCAGAGUGGACUGUUCAGAGGCAGACACGGCUGCUCCGGCAGACAGGUACUCCCUGCUCGAUGUUAAGGUCAGUGAAGGCGUCCGUCCUUGCUUUCGGUCGUGCGUUCGUUGAGCCUUGAAGUGUUUCGGAAAUUUCCUGCGUAUUCCAAACUUGUGCGGUGCCGUUCCGAGUCCUCCUUGGGUAACUCACCGGAGCAACAAGUAUUUGUCACAAUGAGCCUGCGAAGCAAUACCUUCAACUUUAGAAGGGAGUUAUAAAUGCUCAACACUGAUAGAAAUAAGCUGAAAUAAUCAUUAAAUAUGACCUGGAAUAACAUGCCAAUAAACGAACUGUAAGCCAUAAUAAACUUGACUGCCGUAAGCCAUAACCACCCUGGACAGUGAUCCUGAUUUUUUCUUAUUCGUUUUUUUUUAAUGCUCUUAAUAACGACAACAAUCCUGUGCUUCUGCUGUCUGUGUGUGUCCAUCAGACACUUUUACCUUCAGAGACGUAUGUGUAGGUUUUGUCUCAGGAGAAACUCCUCGGCGGAGGAGGAGGCAGACUAUUUGCCUGUCAGAGAGAGAAAAAAAAAAAAAAAAAAGAGGAGCACCGUGUGUGUGUGUGUGUGUGUGUGUGUGCGCGCUGUUUGAGGGCAACAACAGCGAAACUGUGGCUGAGAAGAACAGAUUUCCUCAGAGCUCCCCGAAGCCUCUUGCUGUCAGCCGCACAAAAAGGGGGAGACAAACACUGGAAGCAGCUUGAGCUCACUAUUGAUCACUUGCAGUGAUUGCACCUGGGGUGGAAACAGACAAUAAAGCCACCACUCAGGAGGGAGGGAUACCGGCAGCCGGUAAACCACACAGAAAGAAAGAAAGGAAGGAAGCAGGUGGGAAGUUUUUUUUUUCUCCUCCUUGUUGCCCCCCCCUCCGGUCAUCAGGCUGGCUGGGGAAGACAUGGCGUUCACCUUUGCGGCCUUCUGCUACAUGCUCACCCUGGUUCUGUGCGCCGGGCUCAUCUUUUUUGUCAUAUGGCAGAUCAUUGCAUUUGAUGAGCUCCGCACAGACUUCAAAAACCCCAUUGAUCAGAGCAAUCCCACCAGAGCGAGAGAAAGGAUCUUGAACAUCGAGAGGAUCUGCAACCUGCUCCGCAGACUGGUGGUACCAGAGUACUCCAUCCACGGCCUCUUCUGCCUGAUGUUCAUGUGCGCCGGAGAGUGGGUCACACUCGGCCUCAAUAUCCCGCUGCUCUUCUACCAUCUGUGGAGGUUCUUUCAUCGGCCGGCCGACGGAUCGGAGGUGAUGUACGACCCGGUCAGUGUGAUGAACGCCGACAUCCUGAACUACUGCCAGAAGGAGUCGUGGUGCAAGCUGGGCUUCUACUUGCUCUCCUUCUUCUACUACUUGUACAGCAUGGUCUACGCCUUGGUGAGCUUCUAACAAGUGCUGUGAAGAUCUAAACCGGAAGGAGCUGUAAGAUAUCCAAAACCGAUGGAGGCAAAAAUCUUCUUCUUUUCAUAUUUUCCGACUCUUUUGGCCUAAGACCGAUGUGACUGAAUGUGAGUGUGUAACGGUGUUACGUAGGAUCUUGUUUAAGCCCUUCAUCCCAGAUGCCGCUCUCAGAAAGCCUAAAGAAAAGAGAAAACAAGCAGCUCUGAAAGACUGAAAAGAAGCAAAAAAAAAAAAAAACAAAGAAGAAAAAAUAUGUCGGAUGUUUGAGAUGCCUUCGAUCCCGAUACACGAUAUUUCUGAAGGGCUGGAUUUCCCCACGCUGCUCUUACUGAUCCGGUCGCUCAGCUCACUGUGAAUCUCCAAACUACUUAGGGGCCGGAAAAAAAAACAAAAACAAAAAAAACAGAAGCGAACACGUCUGUAACCUUCGACUUUCAAAUCGUGAUUAGUCGAAUUAGUCGUGACAUUUGAAGCGCCGGUCAAGUCGAGCGAUCGCUUCAGCGACGAAAGCCUGAAGCCUCUACAGAGAACCGACGAGGCAAAUGGCAUCCAGGUAGAACAUCGAACCCAGUUUCCCAGAAGGACGUUAGGGGAGCCGUUCACGAGAAGCUGCGUUUGUGCAAAUCUGUAAGCAAACAUGCGCUGGCGCGGACUGGAUUCAGCUUUCAUUUGCGCCUCAUAAAUCCGCCUUUAAGGGUUUUUGUCUGUAGCUGUAAAGACGUAUAUAUUUAUUGCUUCAUAGGUUCAUGCUUCUGAAAAGAGUAAUGAUGCCAAAAGUUUAUGGUGAAAAAACAAAACUUGUGCCACAUUUAAGAAUGAAUCACGAUUUGUGCGUUUAAAGGGAUAUUUCUGAUUUUUUUUUCCCCUACGCUGAGAUCUGUAGAAGUUGUCUCAUUCCCAAACUCGUUUGUCGAGAAGGGAAAACGUACAGAGACGAGAAUAACUUCACUUCUCGAAAAUCAGAACUGUGCCUUUAACACAUCUGGCACCUGUUUUUUGUUUUUUUUAAACGAAGGAAAGCAAGGUAGAAAAAAAAGAAAUCUGUUGUACUUUUAGUGUGCAGAGAGCGCCUUAUUUCCAGUGAAGUUUACUCUCACUCAUCUGCAUCUACGCCGUAGUCCUUUUUAGCGAGCGGUCUUUGAAACUUUUCUCUGAUCCCAGGUAGACUAGAGAUCUCGUGUAUAAAAAGCAAUUAAAAACACGCAUAAAAAAAGCAAAUAAAUAAACAAAAUAGCAAUGUCGUACAAUCCAUGAGACAUAUCAGAGGUGUGCCAUUCAGUGUUUGUAACGUCGGUGAGUGAGGCUCGAGUGUCGGGAUGGGAGGUCAACGACUCGAUGGCGACGUACCAGACAUCGAGGCGGCGUAGGAACGCCAUGAUGCCGCUUUAGUUCACGUGGGCCAAACGUUUGAGCCGAGACGUCGUGACCAAUUUGUGACGGCAGCCUAUGAAAGACGUUUCUCAUUCAGUCAAGACUUUUUCAGCCGAAGCCUCACAAAUUGCCGUUUUGAGAUAUGUUGAAACGAUACGUUCCAAGUUUCUAAUACUAAACAUCCGAUCAGCUGCACCAUUUGAUUUAGCUGGCAAACACGCAUGACCAAUUUCUCAAAAUGUGUAAGACUUGUGUGAGCCCGAGUUUUCCUACACUGGCCUGUUUCCUUACCGUGGCAGAGAGACUGUAUUGGGUGUGUAUCGGACCUUCCUGCAUGUCACGUGACCUGCACUGUAUGCCAGGGAGCUCACAAUAAGCUCAGAUACAAUGGCAAUACGAUAAAUUCAAAGCGAAUAAAUAAAUAAAUAAAUAAAAAUUUUGGUAAGUUUUGUGUUUACACCGUGCUCUAAUUACCAUGAAUCCAAAAGUCAGAGAAACAAUUUUUCUACAGUUCCUCUUUAAAUCUUACAAUUCAGUUCAGGGAAAUCAGUUUUUAAAUGUUAUGAAUCAGGUCAAACAUUUUCUACAACAGCUUUCUGGACCAGGACUUUCUGAUGGCCACUAAAACGUCAACUUUCUCUUCUUUAAGCGACUUUAUAACUAAUGUUGCUGAAUGCAACAUGAAUGCAUGUUCAUUUAAAAGACCCAUUUGUACCCAAACAUAAACUUCCUCUAUGUAACGUGUACCAGUCCCUCCUCCAGCAGAAAUACAGACACACAACAAAUGCAACAAUGUUCACCAGAAUAUGAUAGAAAAGUCCUUUGUUGUCCCACAGUGGGGGUGGAUUUCUGUACAACUGCAGCAAACAAAAGGAGAAAUCAAUAGCAAUAAUCGAUUAUGGCAAAACAUUUCAUUUUCAUGGCACCACAGGACACUUCUCCAAUUUUAAGAUCUUUGUGCAUUUGAACCUUGUAAUUUGACCUUCCCUGUUGUUUUUUGGAGCAAUGGAUUCUUCUUCCUUUCAGCCCAUGUUGACAAAUGAAACUCAUCUGAUUGUGGAUGAUGACAGUUUUACACGUUUCAGGGAACAUCUUCACAAGUUCUUUAGCUUUCCUAUAUUGAUUGAAGACAUAAUAAUCUAAAAUCCAAAGAAGAACUAAAACGUACAACCUUCAGCUACUUGAAUGUGGCAUUGAACUGGAGUAUGCUUCAUCAAACCAGUGUCAGGGACAAAGAAAUCUUGACUAGGACACCUUUAAUUAACUUGUUUGAUUCCCCCCCCCCCCAAUUAAAUGGCAUGAAGCUGAACGCCAUCGUAGUACGACGUAAUAUCGACUGCAGAAACGAUUUUCUUCGGGACGCUUUGCGGCGACACGCCGUCCAUCGCCUUAGGAGAAAAUGUCACAUAGGUUGUGCGAUUUCACUUUCAAUCACUGAAGCAACUUUCAUAGGCUGCCAGUGUUUUGGAAGACGAGCAAUAUGUCGUGCCAAGAGACGUUCGCGGAUAAUCACAGGACACCGAGACCUCGUCGUUCCGCCAACUGUGUGAAUGUGUGGAGUCUGGACAAUCACUACCGAAGCACAGGAACCCGCCGACAGAGGAAGGAGUACCGCCUGCUGCUGGAACGUUAUCACAUAGUCGCUCUAAAUAAAGCAUUUUAGGAAACUGAAUUUAACAAAUUCUGUAUCGUAUCCGUCUUUUAUACAUUCCUCAUCAUUAUGCUAAGGUCAAUUUGGUGAAUCACUUUAUAUCUACUCGGUUACAUUAUGAUGUGCAUCUAUUUACACGCCAUAUCCCAAUAAAACAGUGAUGCCAAAAGUC